GCGUCCGUUUGGUGAAACAACUCAAGGGCUUCGGAGGCAUGGAAACACUUUUUAAAAAAGAUUCUCGUCGUCUGAAUCGAUGUUAGACGUCAUUCAAAAUCUUGAGCCGCCAGGGCUGGAUGCGCGUCAUCGUAGGGCGCUAGAGGGACGGACAAUUUUGGCGCGUUUCCCUCUGCCACAUCACAGCAUCAGAUCUGGUGAAUAGACGUAUCAAAUUUUCUUGACAAGCUUCCACCACCUGCUUGAAUCGUAUUAUUCAUUCGUAAGAUGUACGCGACGCUGCGUUUUAUGUCUGUCACGUUCGUGGUACACAUGCACAGUCAACGAUGCAAAAACUCAAAACUAGGCUUCGACUGCUUCUCAAGCUGCAAAUGUUAUCCAUAACCGCAAUUUCAGAACCGUAAACAAUCGUCCUCUGUAGGUUUGUCACCAUCAUGUCCUCAGUAUCCAGCUUCAUAUCGAGUUUUACCAACACCCUUUUCGGCUACCUCCGCUCCAUAGCAAGCGCUCUUAUCUCUUCCUCGCCCUUUCGCUGGACUUGGGCUCAACAAGUACAUGUAAAACUCAAGGCAGAGCACACAAUUAUAUGGGUAUGUCAAAUCAUGAACUUCCUCUGGGUAGUGUUCCAAAGCUGGCGUGGUAGUAAGAAGAAGGUCACGAAGAUGUUGAACGCGAAAACCGGAGCAGAUGAGGACAAAGAGAGGACAAAGAAGAUCAAGAGACGUAAGAAGUAUCUGGGUAAGGGCAAAGGCAGGGAGCGAGUAUCGAAUAAUGAUCGCGGAAAGUACACGCUGAUCUUUCUCUAA